AUCACAUAUAUCCUAAGAUAAGGAGUAGAGGAGACUUAAUAUUUCUCGUGUCUUUCUUGUACUGAGAGUGUCUAAAAAAUGGAAGCAUCAAAAAUCUGUUUUGGUCCUAAAACUCUCCCUAUCAUUCACAACGUCCCUCUUUGUCUGAAGACCAACUUCUCUCUCUUUCCUCGCCGUUUAAUUCAAGGACAGUCUCUUUCCUCCAAGAAUUCCACAAAACACGACUUGUUCUGUGUUAAGGCUGAGACUAGUGGCGAUCUUGAGAGUACUCGUCCAUUGACGUACUUUGCUCCAUCUGUUUGGGGAGAUCACUUCCUCUCUAUUCCCCUCGAUGACUCCGAAUUUGAGGCACUUGAGGAAGAAAUUGAAUCGGUGUUGAAGCCUAAAGUGAGAGACAUGCUCAUGUCUCCUCACAGAAGCGACAAGGAAAGGAUUCGUCUCAUCCAUUUGCUUAUCAGCCUCGCUAUAGCUCAUUACUACGAGAGCGAAAUCGAGAAGAUUCUACACGAGGCUUUCGGGAAGUUGGCCUGCUUAAUUUUGGACGAGGAUGAUUUGGAAACAAUGGCAAUUAUGUUUGAGGUUUUCAGACUAUACGGACACAAGAUAUCGUGCGAUGUGUUCGAUAGAUUCAUAGGCGAAGAUGUCAAGUUUAAGGAAAGUAUAGUUGGCGAUGUUAGAGGGCUGCUACAGAUGUACGAAGCCGCACAUCUCGGAACACCAUCUGAAGAUAUAAUGGAUGAAGCCAUAAGUUUCGCGCGGUACCACUUGGAAUCGUUGGCCAGCCACGAAACAAGCUCCCAUCUUUUUAAGCAUGUACAAAACGCAUUGUAUAGAGCUCGAUAUCAUAGCAUAGAGAUACUAGUAGCACGGCAGUACAUCUCUUUCUAUGAACAAGAAGAAGGCCACGAUGAGACGCUCCUCAGGUUUUCAAAGCUCAACUUCAAUUUUUGCCAGAUGCAUUACAUCAAAGAGCUCAAAAUUAUCACCAGAUGGUGGGAGGAGCUAGGUAUACCAUCUAAGCUACCGUAUUUCAUAAGGGACCGAAGUGUGGAGACCUAUCUUGGGGGACUGAGAAUGUUUUUCGAGCCGCGAUAUUCACUUGGGAGGAUUUUCUCGGUUAAACUGACACUGAUCUUGACUGUUGUGGAUGAUACAUGUGAUGCAUAUGCCACUCUUCCUGAAGUUAAGAGUCUUCAUGAUGCUUUUCAAAAAUGGGAUCUGCUGGCCAUGGACGAACUACCGACGUAUAUGAGAAUCAUCUACCAAAAUGUGUUAGAAACUGUGGAAGAUAUUCAUCAAGAAAUGAUAGCUCAAGGAAAACUAGGUAGGCUGCAACCAACUAUAGAUGAGGUAAACUAAAGUCUGAUGAUAUUGUAUCUAGCGAUAGCAAAAUGGGCACGCGCAGGUGAUGUGCCAAGCUUUGAGGAUCACAUGGAGAUUGGGAUCCCCUCGUCUGCACUGGACGACUUGGCAGCAUACGGCUUUAUAUCAAUGGUCGACGAUUGUGAUCAGAAGCAACUGAACGAGUGGUUUUACUCCAAACCCAAAAUCUUCCACGCCUUGAAUACUGUGUUUCGUAUUAGAAAUGACAUUGUCACGUUCGACCAAGAGAUGAGCAGAGGAGAGGUGGCAAAUGGCGUCAAUUGUUACAUGAAGCAACAUGACGUUACCAAAGAAGUAGCUGUUGAAGUACUGAAGAAGAUGGAAAGAGAUAAUUAUAAGAUAUUAAUGGAGGAGUUCAUGACGUCCAAAGCUGUGCCGCGACAGAUUCUGGUGCGACUAGUCAACAUUUCGCGUGUGAUGGAUUUGUAUUACAAAGAAGGUGAUGGGUUCGGGGAUCCUGAUCAAAAGCUCAAACACCUUCUUGCAUCUUUGUUCCUCCAUCCAAUUCCUCUUUGAACAUUUAUAAAAGUUAUACAUGUGACUUUGAAGUUUGAAUAGGUAAUAUUCACACGUGUAAGCGAAAA